AUGCCUUCCCUACGCCGUCUUCACGUCUACGGAAAUAUGCUUGCAGUCUCUGAGCUUCUGCUCACGAUCUCAGCUCCGGAUCUGGAAGAAAUCGCCAUUGCCCCAUUCGUCGGGGAUGAUCUCGUCCCGCUGGAAGAAGACAUCCAGCGCAAGAAAUCUCCCCGCUUUCCGAAGCUGAAAACACUCACACUAACGCUCAGUCCGGCCUCAGGCGUGAUAGAAUUAUCCCUCGAUCAAGCUGAAUUUUGCUUUCCUGGGAUCGAAACCCUCGUUCUUCCCAAUCAUUACUGGCGAGAUGUGUUACAUGGCAUGACCUCCAGAGGGGGUAUCCAUUCCAUGGUACCUCGCUGGCCUCAGCUGGAUAGCAUCGCAGUUCGGGCCCUUGACGACGACUUCGACAUGCUUCAUCAAUUUAUUUCAGACCGCCAGCAAGCUGGCGCACCCAUCCGGACGUUGUAUUUGGACGCAGAAUCGGUUAAGAAAUUGGUUCAUUGCGAAGAUUUGAAGGAGAUGGUCUCUAUCGUAGAGGCGGAUCCUUGGCUGGCCCAACAGAGCGCUGCGUUUUAUUCUGAGCAGAAAUUGCGGUUCCUUGGUGAUCACUAG